AACUUAUUUUGACUUUUGUUUUGUCUGUUGUGUAUUAAAUUUCUUAGUAUAAGGCCCAAAUUAGGCACCUGUAGCACUUUAACUUUGUUGUUUAUUUGUCAUGUUUAUCAUGUUGCUGUAACACAACAGUUCCGUUUCCUCAUUAAAUUAUCUAGCUAGCUAUCUUAUCUCCCUGACUUCCAAGAAGCCUUCAACCCCCAUUCUUGUUCUUUAUUUAUAUACUUUUUCUAUUUAUUUAAGCUAUUAUCAUUAUUGUUAUUAAGAAAUGUGACAUAUUCUGACCAUAUAAAAAGCUUGUAGUGAAGAUAAAAAUGCAGAUUUUUAUCUGUCGUAUUAAGCUAGCUAUAUGUGUUUGAGCAUUCAGUGCAUUAAAGUUAUUUAUUUUAUUUUAUUUUAUUUUUUGGUUGUUUUUUUUUUAAAACAAAGCCCUGGUCUUGUGAGGUGUUUGGGAACAGUAUCCUCUUUGUUCCCCCCCUGCUGCGUGGAGAGGAUUAAUCCAGCUAAUCAUCUCUAAUGUAUGUAGGGGAAGGGAUAAAAUCACAUCUGAUGGAGAGGACACUGAGCGACUGGGUCUCGUAAUUAUCAAUAUAACCAAAGCCCGCUGGUGUAUGACAUAUUUAUGUGAGCGUGCAAGAUGUGGGUUUCCCUCUGUCUCCUCUGUGUGUGUGUUACCAUGAUGACUUUGCACUUUCAUAGCCAAGUCCUGCACAUGUUUGGCUAAAGGUGAUUGGUGGUGGGGAUGUUUUAUCCGUGAAAAACUCUUAUAGGGCAUUACACCUUUUCUUUGCCAUGUUCUAAGCACGAUCAGCUCCAGCUAAUCCCCCCUCGUGUGCAGCAACUAAGAUUAGUGGGUUUAAAUGGACCCCCCCUAGUCCCUGUGUGAGAGGAGGAAUAAAUUCAGGGUGUAUACGCUCAUAUCAUAUCACUGGUAUUGAUUGUGAUUAGGUUUUGAUUGUGUAAUCUGUGAGAAACUGGUGCCACAAUUCACUGUGUCCUGUGCUGACUCAUUCACAGACCCCAUGUGUUAAUAUGGGUUUGGCCCCUGCUUGGCGGAUUUACUUUGGUUUUAAGUCUACAAUCUCUUUUGUGACUAGUUUAGCUCGGGCACGACCCUCUCUUCCUAAAGUUUUCCCUGACGGCAGCAGCGUCGCUCUAAUCUGCACCUUUACUAACUUAGCUCGGCGCGGUGAAGGGGUGAAAAGAGAUGGUUUUCGAUUCUCGGGCCAAACGUCUGUGUAGAAUUUCCUGUGUAGAGUCAGCCGUGAGACUUCCUGUAUGUACUGUGGUGUUGGAUGUGGAGUGGAGGGUGGGUGGAGUGGCAGGGAAGGAAGGGGAAGAGAAGCACAGGCAGACUGCACUCGCUGCUGUUGUCAGCCAUGGCCACUGUGGUUGUUGCUAACGCGAAGCUCGCCGUCUUGCAGACAAAGCAGUAUGGACACACUGAGGAAGUGAAAGAGGGGAUUGCAUCCUCUUUUUUUUUCUCCUUUCUGUUUUCUCUGUGCUCUUAGCUGAAUCACUGAUCGUCUUAAAGGAGCUGCAGUCAGAUACAGUGAGGAGCAAAGCUAAGAGGGACAUUUUGUUUCUAAUAUCUGCUUUUUGUGUAACUGCAGGACAUGUUCUUCAGUCUGUUAAAGCCACAGUGCUGCACACAACUCUCCAAGCAUGUUUCAGCACUAUUGAUAUCUCUUUAAUCAGCAGCACCGUUUGAUCCAAGAGAAGCGUGCCUUGUAAGGAAGCAGGAUGUUCACAGGCUCCACCAAACUGCCACCCACUAAAACCCCCCAGCCCGAGCGGCUGGAUGAAGUGUACGCUGCCUUACGCCGAGGCCUACAGUCGUACCUGCAGGUCCACCAGCUGGAGCUGGACAGCCUGGGUCAGCAGAUCAGAGAAAACAAGAGGAAUGGUCGCUUGGGGUCUUUGUAUGAGUUGGAUAAGCACGUGAAAGCCAUUGAGAGGUUCAUGCGUCGCUUGGAGUUCCACCUCAGCAAGGUUGAAGAACUGUACGAUGCUUAUUGUAUACAGCGGCGACUGCGUGAUGGAGCUAGCAAGAUGGUGGCAGCCUUUAACUCUGCCAGUGGCAGCAAGGAGGCCCGAGAGAGUCUGAGUGAAGCCAACAAGGGCUACAGGGAAUGUACAGAGCACAUGUGCUCACUUGAGAGCGAAUUAGAAAGUCAUAUGGGAGAAUUUCAUGUGAAGAUGAAGGGACUGGCUGGAUUUGCACGUCUGUGCGCUGGUGACCAGUAUGAGGUUCUGAUGCGUUACGGUCGCCAGCGCUGGAGACUACGAGGCCGCGUAGAAGUCAGCAACAAGCAGAUGUGGGAUAGCGAAGAGUAUAUUUUCCUGCCUCUCAUCACAGAACUGCUGUCAAUCAAGGUGACGGAGCUGAAGAGCCUGGCCAAUCACGUGGUGGUGGGCAGCGUGUCCUGCGAAAUGCUCGAUCUGUUCUGCCCGCUGCCUCAAACACUCGCCGUGGAUAUCAAUGACCUCGGGACAGUAAAACUGAACCUGGAGGUCACCUGGAGUCCGUUUGAUAAGGAUGACCAGACAUCUUCCUCCAGCACAGUUUCUAAACGCCUGCUGUCCAAUCAGAGCCCUCCAGACACACCCUCUAUGCGAGAGCAGGUGUUUUAUUCUCUGCUGAAGCGUCAGGGGGAAAUGGAGAAUGGGACGGUCUGGUCCAACUCCUCUGAAUCCUCCGAUGACUCAUCCAGUCCAGCACUGGCUCAUCACGCUCAGAGACUGACGGCGUCCAACUUGCUGCAAACCACUCUCACCACUCAGCUGUCAUUCACGCCACACAAGUCCAGUGCAUCAACGCCCUCGCUCUCAUCCAACCAAGAGGAGGAUGAGACCGAAACCGGGGAGGUUUUUCCUCAGACGAAUGGCCAUCUCCAGGCUUCCUUCUCCCACGGCCUCGCCAGUGAGAGCAGCCCGGAUUGUACCGCAACUGACAGAGUGUCUGUCCAAUCAGAGGAGCUCUCUGAAACCUCGGCAGACCUGAGCUGCUCCUGCCCCGACAUCUCUCUGCCUCCUGCGGCGUUUGUGCCUGCGGAGGUGAACGAUGACGCGUCCGUGGACUCGUUAGCCCGGGCUGAACAGACUGAAGCACAGACAGACACUGAAGCAGCAGCAGAGGAACACAAGGUAGACCAAAGUCAACCACGCCAGUCCGUCCAGGAGAUGAAACAUGGCGAGGACGCUCCAGCGCCUCCUUUCCCCACAUCUGCGAGUUUUAACCAGGAAGUCGAAACUGCCCUUGAAAGCUUCGACUUUCUCAACUGCUCCGAUCUUGAUGAAGAAGAGGAAGAAGAACAAGAAGACAGAGGAGAGAAAGAAGAGGAGAGAGGAGAAAAGGAAGAGCAGGAUAAUAAAUGUAAAGAGGACCAAAACAAAAAGGAAGAGGAGGAAAUAAAGGAGGAAGAAAAGAAUGCAGAGAACCUGUACUGUGGAGGAAGCAGUGACGAGGAAGAGGAGGCUGAUGGUCUUGAGAUCCUUAUGGAAGCUCCAGAAGGAUUUAGGAACUCUGAUGAAGAUCGUUUCUCUGAAUCACAGGAGUCGAGCGUGGGUGACGUGCAGGAUUUGGGUCAUAUAGAAAUUUCUGAGGGUAAGGAAGAGGAGCACAGCGAGGGAGGCGAGGAUGACGGAAAGGAUCAGGACGAGGGUUGUUCUAGUCCCAGCCAGGUGGACCUACCUGACUUCGAGUGAGACCACGGAUCCACACUUAAACCAUUUCUCCCACUCUGGUGCCAUCUGUGUCCCUCUUACACUGCAGGAUUGGAGGCCUUGAGGAUGUUCCACUUACUGCUCAGACAAACAGGCUCCUCCCAAUCACGGUGGAGUUUGUGCACAUAUUCGCCUUGUUCUCACCAGGAAUGAUAAACCUCGAGGUUUCUAUACCUCAGUCGUGACUGUAAACACACACACACACACACACUUCCUCCUCUUCGUCCUCUGACAGUAAUCAUACUUUGAACGCAGACUUUAUCAUGUGCUCUGGGUUAAAGUGGGACCCCACUUAAGUUUACACUUUCAUAAACUGCUCCUGUCAUGUGAAAAAAAACAUUUCAGGAACAGCUUAAAAAGCGGCCUUUUUUGUUUUUUUUAAGUGAUCUAAUCAUUUUCAGGUGGUUUUAUAAUUUCAAGUUGAUGUUUUUCAAGCUACAGAGACGCAUACAAUCAGCUACCAAGAUGCAUUAUAGUGACUUCAGAAAAAAAAAGAAAAAAGAGAGAGUAUUUGUGGAUAUGGAAGAACUACCGAGGUAUUGAUUUUCAGUGUUAACUCUCUGCACAGCCCGGAGCUCUUUUAUUGCGAGACAGGGCUUCUUGAGCAUGUGAUGUUUGUCUGAAGACAUGAAGUCAUUUCCAAAGCAGCAAUGUACCCUGAAAGUGAGAAUUUUAGGCUUUCAGAGACAGUUAAUGUUUAGAAACACACUCGGAGUGAAUUUAAAGGUCAAAAUCGUACCAGCGCCUAAGCUGUUAUUAGAAAUGAACACUUGAAGGAUAGCAGAAGUGCGAAACUGUAUUUAAACCUGCAUGUGUAGCUGCCUCACACACACAUACAUACACACACACUGCCAGCAUGUCUGCAUUACAAAGCUCAGCUGAUCAGUUUAGGUGUGUAAGCUAUGCUCCGCUCUGAGAAAGCCAUCCGGUCUGUGACUGUGUCAAAAAAAAAAGAAGAAAAAAAAGAAGCCGCCUCACGGGGGCGAUAUAGUCCGUCAUGCUUUACAUGUUUCUUUAACAGCCUCGUCAUUCAGAAAGUGCCUCAAGCGACGUUUAGGUUUUAAAUGCCACGACAGGAGAGAUCAGGCAAAGAGAACAGUGUUUAUUUUCUGAAUUACUUUGAGUGUGCACAAUAAGAGAUAUUUACUGUUUCAUAUAAAGAAUUGUAUAUGUCUUGAAAUGUCGAAAUGUUUAUGUUCAGAAAUGUUUAAACUUUAUAAAGGUUUCUUUAAAAUUAA